AUGACCGAACAAAUCCAGAAACUUCGCGACGCCAAGCGGCCCGUCCUGGUCUUCGGACCUCAAAUCCUCUCCCUGCAUCACGAGACGUUCCACCGUCUUCGCGCUCUGCUCAGCACAAAUGCCCGUUACUCCUGGAUUCGCGAGGUCGUCGACGAGCUUCCUCUCACUUGGAGUGUAUUGGCCAAGCUCUCGCCUCAGUUCGGUGUGAAGACAUCGAACAAGAAUAUCGGAACACUAUCCGACUUGCUUCACCAUGCUCGCCCAGACAGCGCAUGGUCUCGACUUCCGAGCAGCGUCUUAACUCCUCUUGGAGUGGUCACUCAUUUAGUACAUUACAUCGAUUAUCUGGAGCUGACUGGUCAGAAAGCAGGCGCAGCGUCUGACGUUCGCGCACUUGGCUUCUGUACUGGACUUCUGGCUUCCUUGGCCGUGACGAGCAGUGCGAGCGAAGAUGAGUUCCGACGCAACGCAGCGGCUUCCAUUCGCCUGGCCAUGUGUGUCGGAGCGCUCAUUGACGGAUACGACCGCGAUAGUGUUGCGGGAGCUGCACAAUCCUUGGCUUUGAUGUGGUCCGAAAGCAGCAACUAUGCUGCAAUUGCAGCGAUCAUCAACCGUUACGAAGAUGCAUAUACUUCUGUGAUCUUUGACGAGCAUCGUGCCACUGUCACCGUUGCUGAGAAAGAUAUCCGUGCACUCGAGUCUGAGCUGAGAGCCUGUGACCAGGUGAUCAGUGCAGUUCCAGUCUCACUUUACGGAAGAUUUCACUCCAAAGGCCAACGUAUUAAUCUCGAGAUUAUGCUCGAACUUUGCACGCUUGAUCGAAGCUUGAAGUUCGAGAAAAAUGAACACAUGGCAGCACUGCAGGCGAUACUUACAGAGCAAGCCGAUUGGUACCACACGAUUAGAUCUGUUGUGGAAGAGAAUCCGGACGCUCACUUCGUAUGCUUCGGAAUUGAACGGUGCAUACCGACUUCACUUUCCCGGACGAUCAGAUCGGAACAAAUCACGCAGAUUAAAGACCUGGAGAGCCAGCUCGAUGAGGCGAGCUUCAACUUGACCUCUUCCCCACUUCCGCGACCAGGAUUCGCAGACACCGAUAUCGCCAUUGUUGGCAUGUCUUGCAAGUUUGCCAACGCAGAUGAUCCAGAGGAGCUCUGGAAAGUGCUCGAAUCGGGAGUUUCGCAGCAUCGAGAGGUGCCGCAAGACCGAUUCCCGAUGAAUUCGACCUUUCGUCCGGAAGCUGAGAAAACACAGAAGUGGUUCGGUAACUUCCUUCGUGAUCACGAUGGCUUCGAUCACAAAUUCUUCAAGAAGUCGCCUCGCGAAGCUGCGUCUAUGGACCCGCAGCAACGACUUUUGCUUCAAGUCGCUUACCAAGCGCUCGAGCAAUCUGGAUACUUCGCCGGCUCGAACCCUAACAGAAACGUCGGUUGCUACAUCGGCAGCUGCUCGACCGAUUACCAGACCAACAUUGCUUGUCAUGAGCCCAAUGCCUAUAGUGCAACAGGAAACUUGGCUGCAUUCAUCGCUGGCAAGAUCAGCCACUACUUCGGCUGGACAGGCCCGGCUCUUGUAGUUGACACUGCUUGCAGCUCAUCUGCUGUUGCCAUCCACCAAGCCUGCCGCGCCAUUCUUGCUGGGGAGUGUGAUCAGGCAUUGGCGGGUGGCGCGUUGGUCAUCAGCAGCCCUCUUUGGUUCCACAACCUUGCAGGUGCUUCUUUUCUGAGCUCCACGGGCGCUUGCAAGCCUUUCAGCGCUGAUGCAGACGGUUACUGCCGUGGAGAGGGCGUCGCUGGCCUAAUCCUGAAGAAAAUGUCUGUUGCACUCGCUGACGGAGAUCAGAUCCUGGGAUGCAUUGCUGGCACUGAUGUCAAGCAGAACGAGAACUGCACACCCAUUGUCGUGCCCAAUUCACCCUCCCUUUCGACACUGUUCGAAAGUGUUCUCGAGAAGUCUGGCUUACGGCCUGAGCAAAUCACCGUAGCAGAAGCACAUGGGACGGGUACUCCGGUGGGCGAUCCUGCUGAGUGGGCUAGCAUUCGUACUGUCCUGGCUGGUCCAGAGGUUGCGCGCCCCCAGAAGCUCGUCGUGGGAUCGGUGAAGGGUCACAUCGGCCACACAGAGUGCACUUCGGGUGUGGCUGCUGUCAUGAAAGUCCUACUUAUGAUGCACGCAGGAGCUAUCCCGCGCCAAGCCAGCCAUUCGAAGUUGAGCCCGAAACUUCACAGCACGCCAGAUGACGGAAUGGAAGUUCUGACUCAAGCUAAAGCGUGGAAUGCCGACUUUUAUGCAGCACUGAUCAACAACUACGGAGCCUCAGGAUCGAACGCCUCCGUCAUCGUCACGCAGCCGUUCCUGAAGCGCCCCUCGUCGUCGAGAUUCGCGAUCCAUGAGAGCGGUAUCAAACAUGCCUUCUCAUUGUCAGGAAACAGUGAGGAUGACAUCCGCAGGAAUGCGACACGUCUGCUUGCUUGGAUUGAAGACCAGAAAACGACUUUGCUUCCGUCCGACCUCUCCCUCAACUUGUCGCGACGAUCGAAUCUGGGCAUGCGCCUGAGUCUCAACUUCGGAGCCGAUUCGUUGUCGGGUGUCAAGGGUCAGAUCAAAGACUUCUUGAAUGGAAACACCGCCGGCGUCGUGACUGCAUUGGAUUUCCCUCGGCCUGUCGUGCUGUGCUUUGCGGGACAAGCUUCCCGACAUGUAGGCCUGAACCGUUCCGUCUACAACCAAUUCAAGAUCUUACGAGACCAUCUCAACGCCUGCGACGAUAUCAUCAAACAACAGGGCCUCGAGAGUAUCUUCCCGCGCAUCUUUGACAAUGCGCCGAUCACGGAUCAGGUGCUUUUGCAAACCAUGAUGUUCGCAAUGCAAUACUCUGGUGCCAUGAGCUGGAUCGACAGUGGUAUUGAGGUCGCUGCUGCAGUGGGCCACAGCUUUGGCGAGCUGACUGCGCUUGCCGUCUGUGGUAUUGUUUCCGUCUCCGACGCCAUCAAGCUCAUCUCACGUCGAGCAUUGCUCAUCCGCGAGAAAUGGGGCGCAGAUUCCGGUGCUAUGCUUGCCAUGGAGGGCAGCGCUAGCGAUAUCAACGCACUACUCACGGCAUCCGCGCCCAUUGCAGAGUCUCAGGGAACGGUUCCGGCCACCGUCGCAUGUCACAAUGGACCUACCUCAUGGACGCUUGCAGGAUCUACCAACGCGAUUGAAGCUGUCGAGAAGGCGGUGCUUGAUUCCAAGGUGUCAAUGCGAACAAAGCGGUUGAACGUCACCAAUGCUUUCCAUUCCACUCUGGUCGAGCCUUUGCUUUCGGACCUGCUCCAAGUCACUGAGGGCAUCGUUUUCCGCACACCCACGAUCCCCCUCUUCUAUUCCAAGAACUUACGAUUCGAUGAACCUGUGGGCUCGGACUUCAUUGCGAAGCACCUGCGUAACCCAGUGUACUUCAACGAUGCCGUCCAGCGCAUCGCUAAGAAAUAUCCAUCUGCAGUUUUCCUUGAGGCCGGGUCUGGCUCAACAAUCACUAGCAUGGUCAAAAGCGCGCUUGGCUCUCCGAAAUCGUCUCACUUCCAGGCGGUCAACAUUACCUCGGAGAAUGUUCGAUCGAACGUUACAGAUGUGACGCUUGCACUACGGAAAGCUGGUGUCCAGGUCACUCACUGGGCCCAUCACAAGUCUCAAACUCUGGAGUAUCGUAUCCUCUUGCUUCCUCCGUAUCAAUUCGUGCAAAGUAAGCACUGGCUUGACUUGAAGUUGCCUCAAGCUCAUCCCGAAGUUGCUCCUGCCCUACCUGCAGUUGUUGAGGCAGCACCAUUGGGACUUUUCAAAUUUGUUGGUCACAAGGACUCCGCGGGGCUACACUCAAGAUUCCUGAUCAAUACUGCGCAUCAACAGUAUGAGGAAUACUUGGAAGGUCACAUCAUUGCUGGUGCGGCGCCGAUUUGUCCAGCAACUCUUCAAAUCGACAUCGUGAUCGAAUCCAUCCUCACUCUCCAUCCCGAGAAGGCCACAUCAGACUACAAGCCAGUCAUUCGUCACAUCGAGAAUCAAGCUCCGAUCUGCCGUGAUGCGUCUCGUACCGUGUGGCUCGACUUCAUCGCCAAACAGGGUGAGGAGAAUUUCUGGGACUGGAAAAUCACGAGCACCAGCGAGCAAGGCAAUGCCACCACGCACGUCACUGGUGAAGUCAGCCUACUUCGUGCGGAUGAUCAACAGUAUCGACGUGAGUUUAAACGGUACGAGCGCCUUGUCAACUAUGAGCGCUGCAAGGCCCUCCUCGAGCACACUUCGCCUGACGACAUGAUCCUUGGCCGCAACAUCUAUCGUGCAUUUUCGGAUGUCGUGGACUAUGGAGAUAUUUAUCGCGGCGUUCAAAGGCUCGUCGGAUUGGGCGCCGAGUCUGCUGGUAGGGUCGUAAGCAGCUCGACCAGCGGGACUUGGUUCGACACGGCCAGGGCAGACUGCUUUGCUCAAGUUGGUGGUAUAUGGGUGAACUGCAUGACUGAACGCUCACCCAACACUCUCUACAUCGCCAAUGCAAUCGAGCAAUGGCUUCGUUCUCCCGUCGCUAGCUCGGACAACGCCCCCGGUGAACAGAAAUGGGACGUCUUCGCCACUCACCAAAAGAUUUCCGACAAGGCAUUCUGUACGGACAUCUUUGUCUUCGACGCCAUCAAUGGCGCUUUGACAGAAGUCGUUCUGGGUAUUCAAUAUGUUGAGGUCUCCAAGCCAGCCAUGAAGAAGCUGCUGCUUCGCAGCACCCCAGGUGCUCAGCAAGCCCAGCUCAUCGAUGCCGCCGCACAAGCUAUCGACCGAGAGCCGGUCCCAGCAUUCACUACCAUCACAAAGUCAGCCACCGUUCCAGAGACGUCUGGAAAUGCAUCGUGGGCUCAAGACUUGUCGGCUUCGAAGCAUGUCAAGGAAUCAUCAGCGCCACGAUCAGCAGGCCCGAAUGUCGCCAACAAGUUGAAGACAAUUAUUGCUGAUUUGUGUGGCCUCGAGCUAAAUGACAUCAAGGACGAUGCUCAGUUGGGCGACUUGGGGAUUGACUCUCUCAUGGCUAUGGAGCUGUGCCGCGAAAUUGAGGGUGAAUUCAAGAUUGAGAUUCCCGAAGAUGACCGAGGUGACAUUGUUGAUUUCCCGGGCUUGGUCGCUUGUGUCUGCAAGCGCACCGGUGCUGGUCUACCUGACAGUAACUCGGACAGUGAAGCUGAGGAUUCAUUGUCUGUCAGCAACGGCUCAAGGACUCCGUCAACGGCACCGACAGAAUGCUCAUCACGUGACCAGUCCACGGAUCGAGGUGAUAAGUCCACCAAACACGAGCUCGAUAUCUCUUUCGAGACCUGGAUGGAUGCUUUCAAUUCUAUGAACACCAACAUCGAUCAGCGCAUUCAAGAGUGCGGUUUCGACGGCUAUCUGGCUGGUGCCAACCUGGAUCAGACUGAAUUAUGUGUAAUCAUGAUCCUCGAGGCGUUCGAGAAGUUGGGAAUCGAUGUUCGCCAGGUCGCGGUCGGGGGUGUGGUCAAACGCGUGCCGCAUGUGCAAGAGCACGGCCGCCUCGUCGACUACCUGUAUAACAUCUUGGACACAGAGGCUGGCCUUAUCGAGAAGACCUCGGGCGGAUACCGACGUACGAGCCAGCCCCUCCCGACUAUGUCUGCUCAGGAUCGUCUGGAAGAGGUUCAAACUGUGCAUCCAGCCCAUGCAGAUGCGACUGCUUUGGCUUUCCACACAGGUAGCCGUCUUGCUGAAGUGCUCCGAGGCAAGGAGACCGGUGUGCAGCUGAUCUUCGGAAGCGAGAAAGGACGUAAUCUCGUCUCGAAGCUGUAUGGAGAAUGGCCAUUGAACGCGAUGUACUAUCAGCGUAUGGUUGAGUUCUUCACGAACCUUGCGGCCUCCGUACCUCGGAACGGAGGACCACUCAGAAUUCUGGAGAUGGGGGCUGGUACCGCCGGAACCACCAAGAUUGUGCUGCCUGCACUCGCGCAGAUGGGCAUCCCGGUCGAAUACACCUUCACCGACCUUUCGCCAGCAUUCGUUGCCCAGGCUCGCAAACGCUUCAAGCAGUACGACUUUGUAAAGUAUCGCGUUCACGACAUCGAGAAGCCAGCCCCAGAGGAUCUGGUCGCAACACAACAUUUAGUGCUGGCGAGCAACGCGGUACACGCUACACAUGACUUGAACCAGUCCACGGCUCACAUCAAACAAUUCCUUCGACCGGAUGGAGUGCUUCUUGUGUUGGAGAUGACGUCACCUGUCAUCUUUCUUGAUCUCAUCUUCGGUCUCUUCGAAGGCUGGUGGAUGUUUAACGACGGUCGCAAUCACGCCGUGACAAGUCCGGCCACUUGGGAUCGAUGCAUGAAGAACGUGGGCUACGGCCAUGUCGCCUGGACUGGUGGAAGCAGACCAGAGACGAACAUUGAGAAGUUGAUUAUGGGUAUGGCCCAAGCACCUCCAAGGUAUGCAUCUCUUCAAAGCGUCGCAUCUCCUUCUGUGCCAAUCUCACAUGGGAGUCGCGCCGCCAGGUCCCAACCCGAUGAGGAAUUGCCAGCUGAUUUGGUCGAUCGAAAAGCAGUUAUUGAAGGCUAUGUGCGGAAAUACACCGCAGGCUGGAGUCAGCCGACGGGGCGCCUCGCGUCUGAUGGCCGCAGAGGACGCUCAGCGCGGGGCACGACUGUGCUGGUCACGGGUGCGAGUGGAAGUCUCGGAUCAUAUCUGGUCGCUCAUCUAGCCCGGCUCCCCGAAGUUUCUGCGGUGGUCUGCAUGAAUCGUGUCACCAAGAUUGCAGGUUAUCAGCGCCAAGUGCAAGUCUUCCAAGAUCGACACAUCCAACUCAACGAAGAGGAAAUGCAGAAGGUGUGGGUCAUCUCGACUGAUACCUCGCUACCACAGCUCGGCCUCUCAUCGGAUGAAUACCAAGGCCUCAUGAGACGAGUGACGCACAUCUGUCACAACGCAUGGCCCAUGAGUGCAGUGCGUCCUGUCGAUGGGUUUCAAUCUCAAUUUCAAGUCAUGCGCAACCUGAUCGAUCUUGCGCGAGACGCGGGAUCUCAUCAAAGUAGCAAGAUCGGCUUCGAGUUUGUCUCUUCCAUCGCCGUGGUGGGGCAAUAUCCCAUCUGGACGGAACAACGCUUGGUGCCAGAGGAACGGAUGGAUGUCCGGUCUUUGAUCGGAAACGGCUACGGCGAUGCUAAAUACAUCUGCGAGAGGAUGCUCGAUGAGACAUUGCAUCGAUACCCCGAGCACUUCCAUGCUCUAUCUGUUCGACCCGGACAGAUCGCGGGCUCCAAAUCGAGCGGUGCAUGGAACACCCACGAACAUUUGAGCUUCCUCGUCAAAUCCUGCCAAACAAUCAAAGCAGUCCCCGCCUUCGAAGGCGAGCUGAGCUGGACACCCGUCGAGGACGUCGCCGGAUGUUGCGCAGAUCUCCUCAUGUCCGAGCAAGCCCCCCAUCCAAUCUACCACAUUGACAAUCCCAUCCGCCAACCCUGGCGACCGAUGGUGAACUUGUGGGCGGACGCCCUUGACAUUCCUUCAUCGAACAUCGUCUCGUUCCCGCGCUGGCUGGAACUUGUACGAGCCUAUCAGGGCAAACCUGUUGAGAAUCCGGCGAUAAAGCUGGUUGAUUUCCUUGAGAAUGAAUUCGUACGCAUGUCCUGCGGUGGACUCCUGCUUGAUACGCAGAAGAGCGUUUCUCAUUCCGUUACGCUUUCGAAGGUCGGACCGGUGUCGGAUGAGGUUGCGAGGUUGUACAUUGAUGCCUGGAAACAGACCGGAUGGCUGCGCGCUUGA